AUGUGGGCGGAGCUCGGUCGCUUCCUGCUGGUCGUCGUCUCACCGGUGUUCGUCGCGCUGUACGUCGUGCAUGCGCUAUUUUUCCCGACGGUGUGGCGGACGAACCGCGAGAAGCCCUACCCGCGCGCGGGUGUUCUCCCCGCUCAGGAGCAACCGCCGCUGCUGGUUCGCAUUCGCUCGUACAUCGCCACGCGGAUCCUGUCGUCUCUGCUGCUCACCUGCCUGUUUCUCAACCUCUUCUGUCUGCUGCAUCUCCGCCGCGUGGCGUGGUGGUACGUGCCCUACGCCCUCUGGUGCGUGUGCCUCGCGGACACCUUUGGCAGGCGCCUAGGGUGGCCUUCGGAAUGGGUGCGCACCAUGUCCAUUUGGACGUUCGUCGGCGAGUACUUCCCGUUUACGCUGUUGAAGGAGACGCCCGCCACGCCGUUUCCCACGGAUAAAAACUACCUCUUCGGCUUUCAUCCGCACGGCGUUUUCAGCUUCUCGUGCUGCGGCCAGUUCGCGGGCAGAUCGAGGCGGCCCGAGAACGAUUUGGCUGCGCUCAUGCCCGGCUUGGACUUCCGAGUGGCUACACUCGAACUAAACAUGCGCACGCCGUUCUUUCGGCACAUUCUGCAGUUGAUGGGCUUCAUCUCGUGCAGCAAGAAGACCCUCCUGAACGUCCUCGAAAGCAAGGAGAAGGGCAAGGCAGUUGUUCUAGUCGUCGGGGGCGGGCGAGAGGCCUUCCUCGCAGAGGAGGGCAAGAAUGAUCUGGUCCUGAAGAAGAGAAAAGGCUUUUUUGAGUUGGCGCUGCGCACAGGCGCCUCCGUCGUUCCGGUUUACUCUUUGGGAGAGAACGACUUGUACACGGUGCUGAAGACGCCGUUGGCGAAGACACUGAGCGAAAAAACGAUGAAGAUCUUCGGGUUUUCAUGCCCCAUCUUCUUCGGCCGCGGCGCCUUCCAGCUGUUUUUGCCCCGGCGCGUGCCGACCUUCACGAUGAUUGGAGACCCGAUCGCCUGCGCGAGGACGGAGAACCCCACAGACGACGACAUCGCCAGGCUCAGAGACCAGUACUGCGAGGCUCUCGAGCGCGUCUUCAACAAAGUUAAGGCUGCGUAUCGCCCCAAGCGAGAGUUCCACGACCUCCGCUUCGUCGAGUGA